AUGAAGAAUUUCUUGAAGAAGCUCACGGGAAAUGAAACCGCUUUGCUUACGGUGACAGAAGCCGCGCAAGAGAAGAUUCACGUAGUGAUGGAAGCCGAAGAGGCUGAAGUUGAAGGGCUGCGUAUUAGUAUCCAAGGCAGAACUGCUACAGGAUUCCAAUACAGCCUUGGUUUAGCUACCGAAGCCCAAGCGAAUGACAUUGUUGUUGAAUGUGGGAAUUUUAAUGUACUCGUCGAUGCCGAAAGCGCGCCGGAUCUUAAAGGUGUUGUGAUUGACUAUGUCGACGACCUGAAUUCAAGUGGGUUCAACAUCGAAAACCCGAACGCGCCUACCUGGGACAACCCGAAGGCACAACAGAUUCAGGAACUCAUCGAUGAACGGAUUAAUCCCGCUGUCGCCGCACACGGUGGACAAAUAGAACUGCUGAAUGUUGAAGAGGAUUCUAUCUAUAUCCACAUGGGUGGCGGGUGCCAAGGGUGUGGCAUGGCGGAUGUCACGCUCAAGCACGGCAUUGAAGCGAUGGUUCAGGAAGUCUUUCCUGAAAUCAAGCACGUGAUUGAUACAACCGAUCACGCUUCUGGGAACAAUCCGUAUUAUUCCCCAAGCAAAGGAUAA